UUCAAUACGUUGGGUUGGCUGAUUUUUGUAAAAAGAUACCAAAGGAUUGUCGGCGCACCUCUGCACAAAUCUCGAGAAGUAGCUGAGGCAUGACAGGCCGACAAAGCGACGCAGAGAGGCUUCGUGCCCGGAAACCAUUGCCGCCACCCUACCCAGCCUAUCUGGCGACUGCUGGUUCUCCGCUCAAGGCCAACGAAGAAUUGUAUAAGUCUAUACAAGCGAGCCCAAGGCAGCUGAUCGAUUCCUUUACGCUUCCAAUCCGGUCGGGGCGUGCUUGGCAGGCGCCGGCGAAGAGUAUCAUCCGUAUCAGCACUCCAGAGGGGCCCCAGGUUGGAGACUUGAACAUUUGGAACGCCCACAACGCUCGCGAGAGAUUCUGGGCAUCACGUACGAAACAACUUCAUUCUUCUCACGUGACGACGGGAGCCCGGCUUUGGUCCAAUCUGCCUUAUAUGCGGCCACUGGUGACUAUCAUUGGUGAUUCUCUAUCUUGGUAUGGCGUGGACGAGACGGGUGGUCGGUGCCACGACUUGUUGGGGACACGAUGUGACCCUUAUAUCAAUACCCUUCUGUCUGGCGCCGGGGCGUCGUAUGACUACCACUGUCAUUCCAACCUGACGCGGGCGGUGUUGCCCUUUGGCCUCAAUGAGUCCGACGUACAUGACGUGAUCAAUCUGUUUCAGGUCACGGGGCUCGAUGAUCAAGGCAGGUAUUUCAUGAACCCUUCGCCGGCGCGGGCAGGAGACUUCAUCGAGUUUUUCGCGGAGCAGGACUUAUUGUUGGCGUUGUCAACUUGUCCUGGGGGGGACCUGUCACAAUGGGGCUUUGGUAGCGACAACGAGAAAGAGAUGAUCAAAUGUUGCCGGCCGCUCAAGGUGGAGGUUUUCCAGCUCGAGGACGAGGAUGGAGUGCUGGGUGGAAGGUGGGAGCAGCCCGCAUGCCCCAGCUACAGAGGGCAGCACGGUAUGAAAAUUCCCGAGGGGGAGGUUAGAUAGGGACCGGGGUGGGUGUUGGGUCUCAUCGGCCAGCCAUCUCCUGUUGACCUGGGGUGGGGGGAAGGCUGGCGGACUGGCCAAAGACAACCUCGAGUGCCUGUUGCAAGAUAUCUAGGCCCUUUUUAAUCUCAUCUGCGGUGAUAGUCAGGGGUGGUACGAUUCUUAGGACGCCGUCGCCAGCAGUGAUUAUGAGCAAGCCUCGCUCUCUUGCCGCAGUAAUGACUUCAGUUGCUUUGGGUUUGGCCGAGUCGGUUAAUUGAUAACCAAUGAUAAGUCCUCGGCCACGGACUUCUGACAGGACGGUGGGAAAGGCGUGCUUCAUAAAUUUGAAUGCAUCAAAGAACAAGGAUGACUUGGCUUUGACUUGAUCUUGUAUGGUCGGGUCAGCCAGACGCUGAAAAACGUGAUGGGCGACGCGAGAAGCGAGAGGAUUGCCACCAAAGGUGGUACCGUGGUCACCAGUUUUGAUAAAGGGAGUGACGGUGCGGCCCGAGACCAAGGUUGCACCGAUUGGAACGCCAUUUCCAAGGGCUUUGGCCGUGGUCAGAAUAUCAGGAUGGACACCCGAGGCAGUAUGGGCCCAGAGUUGGCCGGAGCGUGAUAGACCGCACUGGAUCUCAUCAAAGAUGAGAAUGGCGCCGACUUCAUCACACCUUUGUCGAAGUGCGCGCAGGAAUUCAGUGCUGGCCACGUUGACGCCACCUUCGCCUUGAAUGGGUUCGACGAUGACGCCCGCAGUGUUCUGAUCGAUCAAACUCUGAACAGCAGAGACGUCGUUGAAGGUGCCAUAGCGAAAGCCGGGCAGCAUGGGGCCAAAGGGGGGCUGGUACUUUUUGUUCGGAGUGGCAGACAGAGAUCCAUAGGUUCGACCAUGGAAAGAGUUGUGGAAGGAUACAAUGUCUCGCUGGGUUGUGUGGGCAUCUUUUGCGUAGGUGACUUUUCGCGCGAAUUUGAUGGCGGCUUCAUUGGCUUCAGAACCCGAGUUUGAGACGAAGACUUGACUAAGUUCAGAACCAGGCGACUGCUUCUGGGUUUCUUCGAUGAGGAGCUUGGAGAGGGUGGGGGUCCAGGGAUUGUGAUAGAGAUUGGAGGCGUGGAUGAGCUGCUGCGACUGCUGUGCGAGGAUCCGUGCGACGCCGGGAUCUGAAUGGCCGAGAGACACGACGGCAAUACCAGCGGUGAAAUCAAGAUAUUCGCGGUUCUCGUUGUCGUACAAGAGACAGCCUUGACCUCGUACUAUCAUUGGAGGUGGGCGAACGUAGGUGGGGACCAUAUAGGGCGUGGUUUGAUGGAGGAAGGUGGCGGUUGGGGAGUCUUCUGAAGGAUCAGGGUUUGGCAAAGAUGCGUCUCGUUUGAUCUGGGUAGCAUUCUGUACAGGGAUAGAGGACGAGGUUGGGACAGCAGUGGCAGUGGCCGCAUAAGGUCGCCUGGCGAAUGGAACUGAUGGGAGAAGAGAGGAGCAUUUGGUACGAGGUAAGAGGUGAGUCAGAACCCUCGUUGGGCGAGAGCGAAGAGCCAUGGUGGAGGAGGGACGCCCGUAGGACGAGUGUGUGAGGGUGAGGGUGAGGAUGACAGUGAGGUUUUGAAGGUGUGAAAUACAAGAAGAAAUUGAGAAAUCGAGGAAGAAGAAAUCAAUACGAGUGAAAUCUCAACCGUCGCACUUUCCUCACGACCGCCGCGUAUUGAGUGGUAAUUGAGUGGUAAUGGUUAGAAUGAGGAAGGAGCAACCGGGGCUGGUUCCUGCGCGAUAAGAUAAAUUUUUUCACUUCAG